UCUUGUCUUCAGUAUUCACGAAUGAAGAUUCCUUUGCAUUAUUUAACAAAAUUUAAGACUCCCUUUCUCCUUUCUAACCAGAUCAAACUAUUUACGUCCGCAGAGCCGAAACCACUAAGACCAGCCAGAAGUAUGUCAACCGCAUCGUUAGAAGCCGUACCAAAGGUGGACAUAGAUCCUUCUGGUGUAUUUAAAUACAUUUUGGUCAAAGUGUAUGAUAAAGCAGAAAACAAUCAAGAGCCUUCUAUCACAAUCGUAAGAGGCUACCAAAGGUGCAACUACCAUUCGGAUAUCUAUGAUGAGGUCCAAGAAAAGCUUCAACCACUAGAUUGUAAACCUUUGGGAGGAGGCAGGAUAUCCCAUGAGCCUGAUAAUAAGAAGAUUCAUAUUUAUGGCUACUCGCAAGGCUAUGGCAAAGCAGACCAUGAAGAAACUGCAAAACUGAUCAAGAAUGCUUACCCUUCAUACAACAUUACAAUUAGUGAUGAAGGGUAUUAGGGCAUGAACCCUGUUACUUGUAUUGUUUGUUACAUUUAUUUAAUAAAAGUCUCUCAAAUCUCAA